AAAUCGGACGUCGGGUAACAGGAGGCAUUCAGUGUCGGUGCGAUUCUAAGCUUUGCAGCAUCACUAUUUAAAAUUUCGAUCAUCCACAUCAUAGAAAUGCAGGACAACCGAUUUUUCACUCUUAUGGUACUUCUGGUAUUUUCUACCUCCCUCAAUCUUGCCAGAUGCUCGGUCGGCCAGCAGUUUGAAUCCGCCAGAGAGGGUCAAAAGUUGAAAGCCAACGAUAGGCGAUCCGCUGGAUUGGUGCCGUAUCCUAGGAUCGGUCGAAAUUCGGAAAUAUCGAGCUUCUCCAGAUCGGAGCGCGCUUUAGGUAUGAUACAUCAGCCUCGGAUCGGACGAUCCGACGUGUCGAGCUUGGGCAAUUUGAAUCGAUUUCACGAUUUAUCAUCCGACGCCGACAUUGAGUUCUACGCUGUGGACAUGGAUCCUGACGCUCUCUUAGGUCCUGAUUACGAAGACUACGCGAGCAAACCGAUAGCACUUAAAUAUGCUGACAAGCUACAGAAGGACGCCUCCUGGUUAAUGCCCGAUCAUAUUCAUGGAUAUAAAGAUCUUCAUUUCGCACAAAAAAUUAACGAUCCUCGACUAUACUAUUCUAUUUUGCGAGAUUCUCGAAAUACUCAAGGCCAAGGAGGAUAUACUCCAAGAUUAGGUCGGGAGAAUGAACAUGACGUCGCGAAUUUCCUGUAACUUAUUUACGCUUUGAUCACCUGCCUCGCGAACUUAACGGAUGUUAAUUCAAAGGAAAAAAGAAACUUACUGUCAAAGACGUCACCAGGAACGUGUGAUGCUUUCGAUUGUUUCCCCAUUUGCAUCGGCGACCCACUUUAUUCUUGCACUUUGUACGCAAGUUUAUGCGCAACACAAUACAUAAUCUGCAUUUAAAUAUUGCAAUUUAUAAUCUUACACGCAAUCCUCGCCUUGUGUCAUAACGAAUAAUAAUUUUUUGAUGAAGCGGUCUGAUCCUGAAGUGAUUCGGCACGCAAUUCUGUGUGGAUUUUUACUGAAAAAUACACAAUUCAGUUUAAUGUUUGUUUUUAUAUAAUGGAGAACAUAAAAUGAUGAAGAAAUGGAAAUAAAAAAAAAUUUAAUUUGUAUUACGCUAA